ACGAAAAAGCCCUUCUGUCAAGUCGUGCCCAGUUCCUCUGUCGGCGCCUCGGACGCGCAGGGCGCCACUCACCUCUCUGUCUUGUGCUUCAUCACCCAAAAAUGCGCUACUCCGGGCUGCAGGAAGUGAUGUGAGUGCCUUGUUUCAGCGCUUCUCGUCAAACCGACGGACGGACCCUUGACGUUCCGACUUGGCUGUGUGUCAGGAAGCGGCGAACGCAUUCUGGAACUCCGGUUACGCCCCCUGUGAAACGUGGUUCGAUGUUCCAUGUUAGUUUAGGUUAGAUGUAAGUACGGACGAAAUUAUAGAUUGGUUUCGUUGUGUAGCCCGUAGGACUAUUCAGCGUUGAAAAAGAGAGAGAGAGUGUGUGUUCUCUUUGAGGCGAUGUAGACAUAUGUUCCUAAAGUGCGUUGUUGUAGUUUGGGCCCUAAACAGGAAUGAUUACUAAUGUCGCUCAGUUGGAAGCUGCACGAUUGGCGCACGCAGGAUAGUAUUCCUUACCGUUUCUGGCUGAUGCAUUGUAAGACAGCACUUUAGCGUAUAUAAAGAGCUUACUGCAGGUGGCAGACGGUAUAGUUUUCUGGAGACUGCAGGUGCGCGCACAAGGAAAUUGUACGUUGCACUAACGCCGUCUAUAAUGCCACGCGUAACUGCCAACGUUCUCCUGCGUGUUACUUAAUGCGUCGGAUCGCAGCCGCCGCAUAACAUAUUUCUAGUUGUCAUUCUAUUGUUCGCAAAUAGCACGAGGUUCAUUACACGGUUCUUCUUCAGAACGCCUGUUUGCAGAGACGUCGUAGAAAGUCGCAAGUAGAGACAGACGUCUUACCAAAAACGAAAGGAAGAAAGGAAAACAAAACAAACAAGAAGCUAAAUAGGAGAAGUCGAUCUCAUUUAGACGAACGCCGUCUGGAGGAAAACCUACCCAUUAGUCGAAUUUGCAAUUACCAGGACUGUCGGCAAUUAGGACUUCGGACACGGAAGAAGUUAGCAGCUCGGCGCCAUUAAGAACGACAUAUAUCUUUGGCGGAUAUUCCCUGCGGGCAUAUUAACGCGCAAAUAUUGUAGCUGGAAUUGACGGAGGCUCUCGCGACACGACGACUUGUCUUCGUUAGUGCGGCAAGAAAUCCAAAGGAGGGGAGGUGUAUAGAUAAGGUAACUGAUGUGAUUCUGACUAAAAUAAUAUAAGGGAAAAGAAAGAAAGUGGGCGAGAAAUAUCGCACGUGCAUCUCUUUUCAUUCAAAUUCAAAUUCAAAUUUACGUGCAAAUUCAGACGCGCAUUCAUAUUCUGAUUUUCUCAUCCGUUCUGUCCGUUGCGCUUUCUCUUAAAGGUCUUUUAUUCUCCGAGAUAAAUUGAGGGUAAUUUCAGAAACCUCGAACAAAAACCGGAAAGAGAAAGAGCAUCCAGGCUGAAUUACUGUCGCUUGUUAUCUGUAUAGCUCCUUCCUUUUUUUCUUUCGGCUUGACAGAAUCCAUUUCUAGCCCUAACGGUUUCCGAAACGCUGCAUUUGCUGUGUUUGAGCUCGAUGUCAAAGUAUAGGAGAAAGGCAUACUUUUCCAGGGCUGAAUUUUAAUGCGAAAGUCGCUUUUCCAUGUGGAUCAUAACAAAAAAAAAAAGAUGGUUUGACGUUCGUUGUCUCGUCAGCAUCGGACUAGUGCAGAUAAGAUCGCUAUUAUCACUAUAAUCGAUACCAAAGAUACGACGCACUUUGUGAUAUUGUUAUAUAGUAGACACGGUAUACAUGAGGUACUGGGCAUAGCGCUGACACAACCCUACGAGCAAAAAGCGGUACAGGGCAGCUCAUCAUUCAGACCAGGACUAAAUAUGGAAGGUAUGACGAUAUUGCGUUCUGCUUGAAGAUGGAUUGCACGCACUAUAGUUAAGGCCCCGUAUAGAUUGCACGCCUUAUAGUUAAGGCAUCGUGCCAAUGCUUCAUUUUUGACUGAUCUCCCUCAAUAUAAGGUAGCGCACUGUGAGCCCUCUACGUAGAAUUGCAGAUCUAUAUCUUCCAUAGAUGGCAUGUAAAAGGAGGCUACAAAGUACAACAGGGGUAAAUAACCCUGUCAGGGACCACUAGAACACUCGCUUCCCCCGUAGAAAAUGUAAACGCACACCACAAUAUGAAUCGCCUUGCACGAGCCGAACAACCUUAGGCUCCUCAAAUGAACGUAGCUGUUGUUUAUGUAGCAUUGUAUAGGGCAUGCCGGAGGAAAUGGUCUUUCAAUCACAAUACUAAUGACCACCGGAGCUUUCGCAGCAGACGUAUCUCCUCUAGCUUAAAAGAGUAAUACAUUGUGUGCUUCAGAGGUAGCAGUCGUUGUAGACCCUGUGUGUUGUUGGCCAAACAAUUAGCUUGCGUGAACAGUGCGUGAACUUCGCUUUGCACAAUAGCGAAGUUUUUGCGGCGAACAUUCGAAACGUCGACUACCGAGUGGACACUGUGGUGUUUUUUUAUUUUUUGUUCGUCGGCAAUGGACUGCGCAUGAGGACUGUGAGUGGCAGCUGCCAAGUAGGAGACGCGGACACUGCUUUUGAGUAGCGUCGAAGUGCCAGAAGUGUCUUCAAAGUCCUUUCUGCUGCGUUGAGCAGAGUGUUGUGUACAGCUAUGUUGCCCAAGCGAUCAGGACGCCCCCUGUUUUUGAUUUCGUCUCCGUCGAAGAGCUCGAGCAGCGGUGGACUGAGCAAUCCAAUGUUGAUCAAAGUUCAGUUGAAGGACGACAAGCGAAGCUGUAGCCUGGACAUGCCCAGUGCCAGAACAGUGGUUCCCUGGACACGUUCCUCAUCGACUGACCUUGCUGCAAGGAGAGGGGUCUUCAGCAGACGCCACUAUGGCUCCGUCGAAAUGCUGGCGUCCUGUGACGGAGACUCUGAAAACAUUGUCCGAAGAUUUCGGGUCGAGACUGGGGAGCGCUCCGACAAAGAAGAGUGCCCCGUGAACCGUCUCAGUCGAGUUCCGACGGAAGAAGCCCUCAAACUUUUCGGGUCGCCUAGUACACCUGUACUUGAAAAUCCUGAGUACCAAACACGGUGGUAUUUCAAGUACUUCCUUGGAAAACUGCACCAAAACUACGUGGGUGCUGACUGUGAAAAGACACCGUUCUUCUUGUCUGUGGUCCUGACGGAUUCCAACACACAGGGUCUCCAGCAGUACAGGGCCAUUCUGUGGAAGAAGACGGGAGCACAGAAGAUAUGCCUGUCCCACACGCCUAGCAAGCCUUUAACUGUGAAGUCCAUCCUUAGUAAUUUUGAAACUCUGGACCGACUGGAAAAGGGCCCCAAGGAAAUCUUCUCGCCGGAUAUCCAGAAGGACCUGCUCCUGUUGGAAGAACAGGAGGGCUCCGUAAACUUCAAAUUUGGCAUACUCUACGCCGAAGCCGGACAGGCAACGGACGACGAAAUGUUCAGUAACGAGACUGGGAGCCGAGAAUUCGACAGGUUUAUCAACCUCUUAGGCGAGAAGGUCCGGCUCAAAGGAUGGGACAAAUACAGAGGAGGCCUCGAUGUCAAAGGUGAUAUGACGGGUAGACACUCGAUGUACACAAUAUACGAGGGUCAUGAGAUUAUCUUCCACGUGUCCACAUUGUUGCCAUACUCCAAAGAUAACAAGCAACAGGUUGAAAGGAAGCGGCAUAUAGGAAACGACAUUGUGAAUAUUAUUUUUCUAAACGGAAGCUAUGAGGAUCACUGCAACUUCAAGCCAUCUAUGAUCAAGUCUCAGUUCACUCAUAUUUUCGCCGUAAUAUCCUACAUCCGGGAAGAGGAUGCGUACAGACUUUCUGUCUUCUCUGAGGAAUCCGUUCCGCUUUUUGGUCCAACCUUGCCUUGUCCUCCGGUGUUCCACAACCACCAGGAGUUCAGGGAGUUCCUUCUCGUCAAGCUCAUCAACGGCGAGAAAGCUGCCUUCAACACACCCAUAUUUGCCCAAAAGAGAGAAAGGACUUUGGACAUGCUCAUAAAGGACCUCUACAAUGAGCACAUGGCUGACAGUAGAGGGACGAUGCUCAAUCGCCGGGCGUUCAGCGACGUUCUACCUGAGACACCACGAGGUUCUCGGAGGAAAGAAGAGGCGAGGCAGGUGGAAUUCGUCCGCAUUGGACAGGCUCUGAAACUAGACACCAUAGUAAAAGGAGAUGCUCCUACCAGCUUAGCCACGACGAGUCUUUUCAAGCGUGAACCCUGGGAGCCUCAAUGUUUCUAUCCAGACUUUCCGUACGAAAUUGUCUGCGGAGAUUCUUGGGGUGACAACAAGCUGAUCCUGGGAACAGAGUCGGGAACGUAUCUGGUUGAAGAAGGUCUUGCCCACAGGCUAGUGCUGGACAAGACAGUUCCAGUGAGACAGAUCAGCGUUGUUGAAGCUCACGGCAUACUAUUAUUCAGGACAGACAGAGGAAGAGACAGCAGAAUACAUGUAUUCCGGCUAACUGACUUUGAAGGUGAAGCCAACAAUGGCGUUCGAAACAGAUCUGAUCUCAGGGAGCAUAAACUGGAGCGCACGAAAGGCUGUCACAUCUAUGGAAUAAGCCGUCCCGGAGGCAGUCACCUUCGCAUGGUCGUGGCCGUAGGCCGGAAGCUGCUGGUUUUGCAGUGGCGGCAUUCGGCCGCUUGGACCACGUGGUGCGCCGCUUCCGACACGGACACGGUUGACGGUUUUCAGUUUGUUCGGGAGAUAAUGGUUGCGGAAGCUCCGGUGGUCGUGACCCUCGUGGACAGCCCUUCUGCCUGCGGCGACAACCACAUCUGUGUGGGAUACCGGCAUCAAUUCGACCUCGUUAACGAGAAGACUGGCGAAUCGAGUAGGCUGCACGCUGUCGAUGCCGCCAAAGUGCAUCUCGUGGCGGCGGUCGAUAUCUACGAAGACGACGAGGCAGAGCUUCUCCUAUGCUACAAUCACACAACACAUUUUCAAAAGCUGAGCGAUGAGAAUACGACAGAGUUCGAUUUCCAAUGGAAUGCGAUUCCAGAGAAUAUCGUGUGCGUGUUCCCGUACAUCAUGGCAUUCACGUAUGACAGCAUAGAAAUCCGCCUCAUCAUCAACGGCAACCUAGUGCACAACAUGGUGAUGCCAAAACUGAAGCUCAUUACCUCCAAGAGCGACAUUUUCUUCGUGAGCACAGCACCGGAAUUUUUCCAAGUGCGCAAGGAACGGGUGAAGGAGGACCGGAUGGAACGGGACCCCAGCGUAUCUCCACCUUCCUCACCGCACUCUACUGGCAGCACGGGGUCGAACGACGGUGCGAAGCCACUUCGUAUCUACCGCAUUUCCUUCAGCUGCCUCACGGGCAAUUCCCCCUGCGAACGGCGAGUGCCAACGCCUUCUCUCCCGUCGCCUCAGCCUCUGCUCACUGCCCCGUCUUUUGGAUCCGCCUUCCUCUCACCUGGCUUUCAGGAGGGCAGUCGUCUUCGACCGGACCCUCGACCAAGCCGUAGCGCCACCGCAUCGCCUGUUCCUCAAGCACCGCUUCUGUUGCCAAGCUGCCGGUCUGCUUCGCCCAAGCGCGGAGGGCUCCACAAGGACCACACACACUCUGCGAGCUCGGACUCGGGUCUGGGCAAGAGCGUAGGCUCUAGCCCACCGCCCAGUCCGCACAAUAACCUGUAAAACAUGUGUGCGCGCGCGCCUCGUUGUUGCGCCAUCGUUUCUCUCCGACAUGCAGAAUGCGCCGGUCAAAGAAAUGUGCUCAUCUUAAAUCGUUCAGCCAUAUACCACUGAAACUCUCGCAGAAUUUCUACGCAGAGAAAUGGGGUGUUCUUUACUUUACUUUACUUUCGUUUGUGACGUAAAGCGGGCUCGAAGUUAAAAGAAAAAAUCAUCUGCGUGCUCAUAGGCCCACAUGCACGAAAAGAGUAAGGAGGCUCGCGUGCAAGGUGAAUGAAACGUAGUCGAUGAUGAAAAUAUAUACCGGAAGUCUAAAUGUCUUUUCGUAUUGUCUUGGUGUGCAUCACGUUGGCGUACGUUUUGGAAUGCGAAAGUUUUGUUUUCGUGCCAUCUGUUCCUUUUAAUGCCAUGCCCAAGUACAAAUUAGAGCUUCUCCUGCUAUAUACGGUAGCUUUUUAAAUGUUGGAGAGCAGUAAUCUCAAGACCGCCGCGUUAUUUAUUUAAUAUAAAGGUGCUGAAACUAUUUGGUUAUCUUUCUUUUUCUUCUAACCCUGUACGCGUGUUCCUUAAGUGUCUGCGUCCAUUCAAAAACUGAUGCGCGUGGAAGACCUGUAUAGCGCAUUCCUUCACAAUGGUUCCUUGUGCUGCAGUGCACGACUGAUAUUGCUCUUCCUCGGCUUCCCGCUUGUAUUGAGUCACAGGACGGUGUCCCAUAUCGCAGUUUACGAAUGGGUUAGUUCAUUAAAAGAAUAUUAUAUCUACUAGACUUUGAUCCUACAUCAUGUAGUAGCUAAGCAACAGGCUUUCUUUACAAGGAUGGAACUUCCAGGAAGCGACUUUGAUUGAACAUGCUAGAUUUAAUACACGCUCUUUGUCUGUCCAUGUUUAUGAUAGUUGUUUAUCGUUCCUGACUGAAAGUUUGUUGUCAAGAGCCUUAAUCUUCCUUCCCUGUGAUGUACUUCCUGAACUCACUGCAACAAAGUGUUCUGGCUCCAAAUACCUGUCAAUGUCUGUGCUGCUUUUUGAGAAUAGAGUUGUGUACUUCCUGGCUUAGUUUGCAACGGGGAAGAGUUGGAAACAUGAAUGCCUUAUUGCCAACAUAUCAACCAUCACAGCGUCAAUCACGCCAAUCUGACAUUUUAAUGCAUAGUAGAUAACGGUAGUGGUUAAAAAAAAAACGAGCCCGUCUGCACUGCAUCGCUGUGUACUGUCCGCGAUUAUGUGGAACUGGUAUCAGUGUUCAUCAGUUUGAGUGGCAUAGCUUCCUAGAUAACAUCCCACUACAGCCUUGCUUGCUAGCUCGAUAUGUGGUGAGAGUGGUCAGCCAAGUGUAUGGCUUACUACUUCUAAACUUUGCCUGUUAAACCUACUUUGCAAAGAGAGACUCCUGCCUUCACACAACGGUAGCCCUUAGCCACCGGUUACGGGAUAAUAGUGAGUUUUAGUAUGGUCAUACGCUAUCGCCUUUGCGUACGCAAGGGGUAGCGUUUUGUCCUGCUGCGCACGCGCAAUACAUCAACAGGGCAUGCGCAUUGCGCAGAACCACCACGCUAUCCCUUACGUACGCAAAGGCGACAGUGUACGAUAUACUAAAACUCACUAUUGACGUACGCGAACCCUCCCCCUCCCCGAUUUUCGAGGUGGACCAUACUUCCCUCUCCCUUUUUCCAAUAGGGGAGGAAUCUCGGCACGCAAAUGUCGCUAUGCGUAUAUGCACACAAAUGUCGACGAUUUUUCGUCUAGCUUAAUAGCCCAAUGUCGCCCUUCGACGCUUCGACUCUGAUACCGCCGCUUUUUGCAUAUGCUUCGUGUCGUACCAUCGCGGACAGUACACCGCGACAGUGACCAGAACAGGAGCAAACUGGUCCAACAAUUACUGGCUCAUUGAGCAAAAUUUAGCAAAAAAAAAGUAAUGGCUAGUAACAAAAAAUAUACAAAAAAACGGAGUACAUAAUUACUCUCGCAUACAGCGAAAAAAAAAAAAGAAACAAGUGUUAGUACGUUAUACGUUCAAAGAUCACAUGACGCGACGUAAAAGAGUAAAUAUUUUUUUCUCAACGCAGUUAGCCGUGUACUACGCUAUGAAGUCGAAUAGUGUUGGACCAUUUUUCUCCGAUUUGCGUACUUUCCAUCGUAUAUUGAAAAUCAGGCGUAGAACAGCAGGCUUUCUAUAGAUAUCCGACCAUCACCCACUGUCAUAAGACAUUUCCUCAUGUCCCCGCACGUAUAUACACCAUGUACACCCUCAUAUGCGGUAUACACACACGCUACGAUGUGUCAGACAGUAUUAUGCCCCAUGGAAACUUUCCCACACACAGAGCUCCCAUCGUUCAUCAAAGCACGUCAUUGUUGGUAUCACCACGGCGGAAUACAAGUUCCACCAGGUUUACCCUGCCUUCCAAAUAGUCUCCCGUACGUUCAUAUUGGCAGCGCCAUACUGUAUGCGCAGAGAGGGAGAGAAACUGCGUUAGGAGAACAUCGCUUUCGUAUACAGUAUGUAUAUAUACCUUGGCACUCGGUCUUGCCUGCACGCCAAGGCACGGAAGAAACAAAGUUCAGACAGGUGCACUUCCACGAGUCUGUCUGCGUAAUUCCUCGCGUGCCUCGUCAAUCUUCUCCGCUUCCCUUUUCUGUUGUCGGCUGCUUAGGAAACAUACGGUGCAAGUAUGUAGAUAAAGGAAGAUGGGCGGUUGCAGUACGAUAACACGGCUGUAGCAAGUCCAAGAGGUAUAGCCAAAUAUUUUAUCCCGUAAACGAUGGGGAGGUACUGUAGCUGCAUAACAUUAAUGUCCCAAGACCACGUUUCCUUUCGUUAAAGAAUGCACUCAACCAAGCAACCAAGAAUUUAGUUAAAUUUUUGCAAAUUUUAAAGGAGUUUUGCACAGUCCGAAAAACAGUGUGUCUGUUGUAUGCAUCUGAUAAAGUCCCCGAAGGAGAACGACUCUGCAAAUAAUGCAAAAAACGACUUUCCUUUCUUUCCUUCUUCUUCCUUUCUUUCUUUUUUUGGAAUAGCAAGCCGGGUCUUUGCCUGGCUAACCUUUCCUUUCUUUUUUCCUUAAUAAACAUACUCCCUCCGAGACUAGAGAACACGAAGUGACAGACACAACACGAAGUGUCAAACACAGCUGAAAACUUCACUUCACGGACCACAAGUAUAUACACACAGAGAGAAGGGAAAAGACACAGUUGAGGACAAAAUAAGAGAUCAAUUCGGGAGAACGAGCAGUCUGCUUAAGAGCGGACCGAAAGUUACGGUUGGGUCACUGACACUGUGACCUCAACUGUUUGUUUUUCCUACUGUCUGUAGGUAUAUAUUUAUAGUCUGUGAAGUACAAUUUUCAGCUGUGUUUGAGACUUCAUGUUGUGUCUGUCCCUUCGUGUUCUCUAGUCGGGCUUUUAGAUUCUGCGUCAACUUCACCAGCUCGCUUGCUUCUUAGCCAUCUUUUCAUUGACCAUUUAGUAGACGCAAACAUAUUUUAAAACGAUCCCCAUGUGCAUUCCCACCUUAUGUAAAAACUCGCUGGCUUCUCCACUGUAAGUAACCUAUUCUGUGACGUAAUCGCUCAUUUUCGAGCGAACGGAAGCUGCUGUCUUCGCAUUCGGCCACAUCCGGCUAUUUGGCUCCGCUGCGACUGCGACUGCGCGACAUUCUCCCGCGAAAUGGCCUUGCAGCCCUGCUACCCUCACUUCCCCGGGCGACUGGCAUUGAGGGAUGACGUCAUCAUACACACGAAAACGGAGCUUCUCUUGCAUCAGCGAAACGAAAACCGAACGGUUAAACGCAGUUAAUUCCUGUGUUGUGUAACAAGCACAGAAAGCAAUAGUGGCGGGCUAUGAGCUUUGAGUUCACGCAAACAUGAUAGACCUUAGACAAUAGAAGAUAGACGGGUAGAAAUCCACCGAACCGGUAAGGAAGUAUGGAGGGAAUUCGCCUCAGGACGGGAGCCGCCGAUAUUUCGAACAGUUCGAAAUAUCGGCGGCUCUCGUCCAGGGGCAAAAUACCUUCACACAACGUUAGAAGAGUUAAGGUCUCUCUGUGCAGAACUCCUUUAAGCCAACGUAGAAUUUCAUUCUCUUUCAUUGUGUCACCAGCAGAAAAUAAUUGCGAGUGUGUCCUAACGAAAUACCCUAACGGCUUUAUUUUCAAACGGCUGUAUCCUGCAUAAGAAGCAAAUGGCGUUUAUCGUAUCACCACCUCCCGUGCGUGACCGUACGCCGUGACAAAUGUGAUGCCUCCAUUCGUGAACCGGACCGACGCAUAAACUUGUAUCCGUUUCGAGGAUGGUAAAUCGCGCACUACGUCUGGGAUAGACAUGGAAAGUACUCGCUUUAAUAUUCUUUGCCCCCCACCCCUAGCGGGUUUCGAAAGCUGACCAUGAAAUAUUUGCAAUCUCACUUCAUCACCAGCUAUGCCCGGUUUAUCAAAUAAUCAGCACACUCAGUUUAUUUCGAGCACUUAUCACAUGUGACUAGCCGAUUUCGAAAGAGCUUCCCGGAUUUUCCUUAGUUUUAUCUUACUCCUUUUCUUUCUUUUUUGUCAGCCGUUCUUGGCAACGGAUGGCUGUUUCAUGCUAUCGAUACAAGCACACAGCCCUACUGCUAUGUAAACACAUAUGUGCAUCUUAUUUUGCUCUAACUACUAGAACCCAACAGAAUGAAACUUUUUUUAGCACCCAUUCUGCUUUGUCCUUUGCAUGCUUAACUUGACGUAAAAAUAUUGCACAUUACAUUUGAUUGUUGUGUCUUUUAAAAACCCCUCUCAGCCUCAUUCCAAAUCUAUUUGACGGAAUCACUAUUAUUUCAGUACAAAAUGGCAUCUCAUAACCCAAGGUACUCCCAGAGAAUCUUCAUGAAAUGCAAUUUUUUACGAUUUUUUCAGGAGACGUAACAUGAAAUAUGCACAUUACUACGUACCAAAGAACACUCUUUGCCAAGCAGUAGCAUACCAAUGAAAAGUAUACUGGAUGUUGCAUAUACACAUAGCAUGUGUGUGCUAUGUAGGUUACCAUGAAUGUGAAUGUCAACGUUCAAAUGACCUGCUUCAUUUCUUGCUAUAGUAAAACAUUUAUACUUGCUCAAGUAUAUGCGUUUUAAGUGUGCGUGAACACAGACGGACACAAUCCGAAAGUGGGUAAGAGUCUUCGUGGUGUUAUGUGAAUACACGAUCCAACAUGACGGCAUAAGAAAGAAAGCUAUGUUAUCUAUACAUACAUAUAUGUGUUAUAUAAAUAUAUGUAUAUGCAGAGACCGAAGUUGUAUAUGCUUUAUACUGUUGUAUACAGGACGCUGAUCCUCGGAGCUGUUGUCUAAAUUAGUCCGUAGUAUUUCGAUAUUGCUUGUACAGGAAAGUUCGACCCCCAUUGUACAGUAUUAACGGUGAUUCCUCGACGAGCUGGUAGUACCUUUGAAGAUAAGUAGAAAAACGUUAUCGAUGUUGAAAGUAUUAGAUAAUGCUGCAGAUCUCAUUUUUGACAAUAUACCACGCUUUACAUGAAAGCGAAGAAACCUUUAGAGUAGAUCAAAAAAAGAAACACUCGUCAUAGCAGAAUUGUUGGUAAAGACGGAACGAAGUGAAACGGAACAUGUACAGUUUCUUUUUCUUUUCUUCUUCUUUUUCUUUGGGUUGCUUUCAUGUGUGCAAUCGCUAUGCAUGUGUUUCGUUGGUUCGUUUCUUGGUCACCUGGGUUAUUAUUUGGUGCACAUUUACCGCUGUGGCUAUGGUGUAUUUCAUUGUGAACACAGUGUAAUAUGCAUAAGAAUAAAAUACAAAAUAUUUAUUUAUUUUUGUAUGUAGAUAUUACCAUGUAAAUAUGAGAAACGUGUGUUAUGUAUAUUGAAAUAUAUACCCACGGCUAUCAUCAUGUUGUUUUACAUCCGGUACGUGUUAAAACGCACUUCCUAUCCAAAGCAAUGAUAUAGACCAACGCAGGAGUUGACAUAUUUGCUGAUGCAGUGUGCAUGGGAAGACAAACACCAUGAAAGUUUUUGGAAAUUGUUACUCUCAGCGCCUUCUCUCUUUUCUUUCUUUUUUCUUUUUUUUUUUUUUUUCAGUCCCCAUUGAAUGAAGCCUUUCCAGGGUCCCUAAUGAUCACUCUCACAGAGCUUCUCGUGCAACCUUUUGUUUCUUGAUUGUUGUCAUUGUACAGUGUUGAGUUUAAACCUGCUAUAGUGUAAUGUUAGCAAUAUUGACAAGGAGUGCCAUGACAUUUGGCAGUUACGCAAAUUCGAGGUCUGGUGACCGCCGUGUGCUUCUGUGGAAUGCGUUCCGUGGCUUUUAGUGUAAAACAGAGAGAAAUAAUUAAAAAAAAACUUGUUCAGUGUACCAUGCUUUUUGUUGUUACUAAAAAAAACGGUGACAUAAAUGUGGUUUCAAUUUA